AUGAGAGCUCUUUUCGUCACUGCCGACAUCUUGUCGGUAGUCCUCCUCUUGGGUUCCAUCUCGAGCGUCUUCGCCUUUGCUGACUGGCACGAGGUUGUCUUUGGGUCAGACGUCUCUGAUGGCCAUGUGGUCGAGGAACCCCAUGGCGCUCCCAUGGCUGCUCGCGAUGUUCACGAGUUCGCUGAUUCUAACUAUCCUCCCUAUGGUCGUCCGCCUCCGUCUCCUGUUCUGUCCACAACGUCCUCGGUCUCUUCCAAUGCCAGCUUGACUUUAACCAUCUCAUCUUCGUCUACAUCGGGCUCUAUCUCGACUGAAUCUGGAUCGUCCUCAAGCUCAGGUACUGGAUCUGUCAUGACCACUGAUUCUUUAGUCACUGACACGACUACCGGCGAGCAAACAAGUGCUGAGACUUCUUCAACUUCAGGAACCAGUGUAUUGCUCACUUCAACCAGCUCGGAUGCACUCACUGCAACAUCGUCGGAUGUCAGCCAAACCACUGGUACUCAGUCUACGUCCAAUUCUCAGUCCACCGGUAGUACCGUCUCUUCGAUGACCAUUGCCUCAAGCGUAGAGUCCACUAGUACCAGCUCGCCUAUAGCUGAAAGCUCUACUGGCGUAUCGUCUGGUACAUCAUCGGUGAGCUCGUCAAUUGUCUCAUCUACAUCCGAGACGGAGUCGUCUACAAUCACGUCUACCAGCACUUCAGGAACUGCGUCUACGCCUAGUGUAUCAGAUGGUGCUGAAGGUGGACCCAUCGCCCAAACCAUUCCUCCACAGACGUCUAUCAUCACGUCUGUUUCGUUGGGCCAGACAUAUGUUAGCACUACAAUCCGUCCUGGUACAACUAUAUAUGCUUCGAGUGUGGCUGCCAUCACGGCAAGUGGAACUUCCUUGUCGAGUUCAUCUCCGUCGUCAACUGCAUCAGGGUCGACUUCAUACUCGAAUUCAUUGAGUCCGUCAAUCUCGUCUAGCACGAAGAGUCCUUCAUCGUCACUUACAGAGACAACGUCAUUGAGCGGCACCAGCAGCUAUGGAUACAACUCCACAGCAUCUCAGACUGUCCCAUCCAGCAUCAAUUCGACAGGUUCACCUAUCACUGCAUCUGCUACCGAUGAUUCUACCGCUGAGAGCACGCAGUCGCUAUCCACUGAUAGCACUGGUUCCGCGACCACUGUCCCGUCUGAAUCAACUACAUCGUCGGAAGCAUCUAGUUCUUCUACAGAAACGUAUAUUUCUAGUACUUCAGGAUCAUCGACUAGUGCGUCAUCGCAGGUCAGCGAGACUUCAGAUUCUUCCAUCACUGCCACGUCUAGUAGCUCCGAGACUGGUAGUAUCCCGGUGACUACAAGUGAACAGAGUUCGACUUCGACUGACACAAGUACAAGUGAGUCAAUUGCAACUACGGUGACCAGUUCUGCAACUGCUCUUGGGACUUCAUCCAGCGUCCCUUUCCCCGUUUCGAACAGUACAUCUUUGCUUGGCACAAGUGUCACAUCGUUGACCUCAACUUCCGAGACGAGGAACCUGACUGUCACUCCUUUCCUGUCAACAUUGAGGACAACUCGUACCACUUCUUCUUCCACAACUGAAACGACUGGUAAUGCAACCAUUUUGACAAGUGAGCCGGCGACAGGGAGUCUGACCGUGACAACAACCCCUCGACACAGCCCCUCGGUUACCAACAGCACGACUGCAUCGCCGUCCAAUGUCACCAUCUCUCAGCAUGUUUCAGUAAUCACCGUGGUCUCCACAAUAACCAGUGGUGGUAUAGUGGCGACUUCGAUCCCAACUACAAUCAAUGGCACAGCGACAGAGAUAUCUACAACUACGACAGUACCUGCUGCUAUCACUACUGAAACUAGCAUCACGACUUCAACUGGUAACGUCACUAUUGUAACUUCUGGAACGGAAACUUCUUUGAGCAGUCAGUCAACCUCAAACUCUGAGACUACCGUUCCCGCAAGCCAAAGCGAUCUUUCCUCUUCGGUCCCCUUCCCGGCAUCAAAUGCCUCGAGCACUGGCGCAGCCACUGGCUCUGGCUCUAUACCUGCGUCAGUGACUGAGAGUACUUCCCUGAUCAUCACUACCAGCGAGCCAGGUUCACCAGCUGGUCAAGGAAUGUCGACAGUCAUAACAACCUUGACCACUCUGUCAUCUACUUCGGUGGAUGCAACCGGUCAGCCAACGAUCAUCACCAUCUUGAGUACCGUAGUGCUCACCUCGGUGGGUGCGAGUAGUUCAGAUCAGUCAACGACUGCUUCCAGUGGUUCCUCAUUUCAAGAGUCUACAACUGGUCCAAGUAUAUCUGGGAGCACGACCGUUCCUUUUCCUGCCUCGAACUCCACCUUUUCAGGAGGUCCCACAGGUACCGGUCUCAGCUCCCAAGCCACAGGCGAACCUACAUCAUCCAGUUCGACGGGAGCUGGUCCAAAUGUCACAUCGUCAUCAGUCUCUAGCGAAUACUUGAGUUCUAUCACAAGCAGUAUAUCUGGAUCUUUAGUUACUUCCACGUCUUCUGGUAUCAGUUCAUCGCAAGCUCCCACAACGGACACGGCAGAAUCUUCUGGUAGCUCCACCAGCACUACAGUGGCACCGAGUUCAACAACUGGUUCCGAUGUAUCAACAACUUCAGCAUCCUCAUUGUCCAAUAGUAUCUCAGGUGUGACAACCAAUUCGGUCAUGGGUACCUCGACGCCGCCAUUCCCAGCUGGUAACAGUACAACUACCUCAUAUGGUCCGUCGGCCAGUGGCAGCAGCGGAGUUGGAACCAUCAUCGUGACGUCGACCAUUUCAGGAACCGCAAAUGCAACUUCAUACACUUCUGUGCAAGCAAGCGGCAGCCUCACUUCGACAACUAGUGUGACGCGCAGUUCCUCUGGCACAUCAACGAGUUCGCCAACAGUCACAGAGACACCCACCUCGAGUACUAGCCAGCCUUCGGGCAGUGAGACUAGUACCAUCACUACUGAGUCGGAGACGUCGGGUAUUUUGACGACAUCAACAAGCCCGAGUUUAACUACUGGACCUGUAUCCUUGAGUAGCAGCACUGAAACUCUUGAAACUUCCAGUCUUCCCUCCUCUGACUUGGUGCCGCCCACGGGUCCUGGUCCCGUCAGUGUGACGACGCCACUUCCUCUGCCGCUUACGAACAGUUCUUCUGGCCUGUCGACGCCUUUGACCAGCUCAACGGUCCCUAGCAUUGGGACCCCUCCCAGUUUUACAGGUACGGAAAGCGUGACCUCAUCGACAAGUGGCAUCUCUACCAUCCCCGCUACUCCACCCAGCAAUAGCAUCAUUGUCACGGUCAUCACCAUGACCUUGAGUGGACCUGGGGGUGCUGCAAUAUCGACCCUCACGACGUCUGAAACGUUAUAUUUGGGCAUCACAUCCGAGCAGACGCCACUCUCUGCUACCAGCACUGUCUCGGUCUCUGCGAAUACAACCAUGGCUUUGAGCACUUGGACAGAGCUCACAACAGUUUCUGAGUCUACUUCACGCGGGACAAGUUCAUAUGGCGCAAGCACAAGUGCAAGUACAGAGGAGAGUCAGACAACGCCAACAAGCGGAACAAGCGCAACCAUCUCUGUAACGACAACCAGUUCUGUCUCGUCGACUGGCUCUACCACAGAGACCUCGGGUACAGGCGAAGCUGCAUCUGGCACGUCUGCAUCGACAACUGAAGGCCUAAGCAUCAUCAGCUCCACGAUGAGUGCAUUCGAAACGCUGUCUGAACCUUCUUCAUCAACGUCGGGAGCAAGUACUGCAACCGCCACGUCCUCCACUGCGACUUCUUCGAAUUUGUCGGAAACGACUUCUGGCCACACCCCAACGCCGCAGCCAGCAAUUGUUUCGAGCUUUACAGUCAAUGGAACCAUGGUGAUUACUACCGUCACACAAAGUAUAGCAUCAUCAACCUCGUUGGAGACCACCAUCAGCUCCAAUAGCUCUACUGGAACAACCGAGACCAGUAUUGCGGCAGAGUCAACCACGACAACAAACACAUUGUCGAGUUUGACAUCUCCCACCAGCCUGACACAAUCCGCAACAACGUCGACAAGCAGCAGUAUCAGCCUUAACGGUACCCAGACUCAGACCACCGUCUCUACCACCACCUUGUCAAGCUCUACCAUCUCGUAUGGAAACUCGUCCACAUCUUCAACCACCUGCACCGAUGAGUACUCCUCCACGACCGAGACGUCGACUUGCACCGAAAGUGAGACGACGACUUGGUCCACAGACACCACGUGCACGGAUACCACGACCGACUUGACUGGCUCCGUCACCACCAUGCAGGUCACGACUACCACUGGCACGAGCUAUGCAGGUAAUAGCACGCUAAGCACGACAUCUGAUUCAUCUUCUUCUGCAUCCUCCAUCACCGGAACCAGUUCCCCAACAACAUUCCUGACCUCGACCACCGAAUCUGGCAACACCACCACCAGUGGCAGCACGACCGAAACCAGCCAAUCGUCCUCGAUCCUGUCAAGCACGACCACCCCGCCGGUGCUGCCACCAACGACGCCCGCCAACCUCCAUCGCCAGCACCCCGCUCAGCCCGGCGGCGAUGGUGACAAUAAACCCUCUGCAGGCUUCGUCAGGGGUCGCUCCAGUUUCUUUGACUACUUGUUCCGCUCCGAGCAUUCCGAGAUGCGUCAAGACGAGUAG